CUUGGUUCAUUUAAAAGGAGAGUAAAUUCAAAAAGAUUAUACCCUUAUACCCCUGGUUUACUGCAGUCUCCAGCCAUGGGCCUUUGGGGCAUACUUUGUUUUUUAAUCUUCCUGGGGAAAAGUUGGGGACAGGAACAAACGUAUGUCAUAUCAGCACCAAAAGUACUUCGUGUUGGAGCAUCUGAAAAUAUUGUAAUUCAAGUUUAUGGAUACACUGAAGCAUUUGAUGCAGUAAUCUCCAUUAAAAGUUACCCUGGUAAAGAAUUUAGUUAUGCUUCGGAACCUGUUACUUUAUCCACAGAAAAUAAAUUCCAAAACUCUGCAAUCUUAACAAUACAACCCAAACAGUUGUCUGGAAGACAAAAUGUGGUUUCACAUGUGUAUUUGGAAGUUGUAUCAAAGCAUUUUUCAAAAUCAAAAAAAAUGCCAAUAAGCAAGGACAAUGGAUAUCUCUUCAUUCAAACAGAUAAGCCUGUUUACACUCCAGAACAGUCAGUAAAGGUUAGAGUUUAUUCACUGAAUGAUGACUUGAAGCCAGCCAAAAGAGAAAUUGUCUUAACUUUCACAGAUCCUGAUGAAUCAGGUGUUGACAUUAUGGAAGAAAAUGAUUAUACUGGAAUUAUCUCUUUUCCUGAUUUCAAGAUUCCACCUAAUCCUAAAUAUGGUGUGUGGAAAAUUCAAGCUAAAUACAAAGAGGACUUUUCAACAACUGGGACUGCAUAUUUUGAAGUUAAAGAAUAUGUGUUGCCACAUUUUUCUGUCUCAAUAGAACCAGAAAGUAGUUUCAUUGGCCAUAAGAAGUUUAAUAAUUUUGAAAUUACUAUAAGAGCAAGAUAUUUUUAUAACAAAGUUGUCAGUGAGGCUGAUGUUUUUAUCUCUUUUGGAAUAAAAGAGGACUUACAUGAUGAUAAUAAAAACAUGAUGCAAAAUGCAUUGCAGAGCAAAAAGUUGAUAAAUGGAAUUGCUAAAGUCACACUUAACUCUGAAACAGCAGUUAAAGAAUUGUCCUAUGGCAGUCUGGAAGAGUUAAACAAUAAGUACCUUUAUAUUGGUGUAACAGUUGUGGAGUCCACGGGUGGAUUUUUUGAAGAGGCAGAAUUUUCUGGCAUCAGAUAUGUCCUCUCUCCCUACAAACUGAAUUUGGUUGCUACUCCUCUUUUCUUGAAGCCUGGAAUUCCAUAUUCUAUUAAGGUGCAAGUUAAGGAUUCACUGGAUGAAUUAGUAGGAGGGGUGCCGGUGACCCUGAGUGCACAAACGGUCGAUGAAAACCAAGAGACAGCUGACUUGGAGCCAAAGAAAAGUGUAACAGGUUCCAGUGAUGGAGUAGCUUUAUUUGUGGUUAAUCUCCCGACUGGAGUGACAGCUCUGGAGUUUAACGUCAGGACUGAUGAUUCAGAUCUUCCAGAAGAAAAUCAAGCCAGCAAAGAUUACAGAGCAAUAGCAUAUUCAUCUCUCAGCCAAAGUUACCUUUAUAUUGACUGGACUGGAACCUAUAAACCUUUGCUUGUGGGAGAACAUCUUAAUAUUAUUGUUACCCCCAAAAGUCCAUAUAUCGACAAAAUAACUCACUAUAAUUACUUGAUAUUAUCCAAGGGCAAAAUUGUUCACUUUGGCACAAGGGAGAAACUUCCAGAUUCCUCUUACCAAAAUAUAAAUAUUCCAGUGACACAGAACAUGGUUCCUUCAGCCCGUCUCCUGGUCUAUUACAUUGUCACAGGAGAGCAGACAGCAGAACUAGUCUCUGACUCAGUCUGGAUGAAUAUUGAAGAAAAAUGUGGCAACCAGCUCCAGGUUUCUCUGAUUCCAGGAGCAGAUGUAUAUUCUCCAGGUGAACAUGUGUCUUUUAAUAUGAAAACUGACUCAGAUUCCUGGGUGGCUUUAACAGCAGUGGACAGUGCUAUAUAUGGAGUCCAAAGGAAAGCCAAGAAGUCCCUAGAAAAAGUAUUUCAAGCGUUAGAGAAGACUGACCUGGGCUGUGGGGCAGGUGGUGGCCGCAACAAUGCAGAUGUAUUCCACCUGGCAGGACUCACCUUCCUCACCAACGCAAAUGCAGAUGACACCCGAGAAAAUGCAGGUGAAACUUGUAAAGAAAUUCUCAGGCCAAAAAGAAUGCUGCAACAGAAAAUAGAGGAACAAGCUGCUAAGUACCAACAUAUAGUAGUGAAGAAAUGUUGUUAUGAUGGAGCCCAUCAGAAUGAUGAUGAAACCUGUGAACAGCGAGCUGCCCGGAUUAAGCUGGGUGAACGAUGCAUCACAGCCUUUAAGGAAUGUUGUGCCUUGGCAAAUCGGUUCCGUGCUGAAGAGUCUCAUAAACCUUUGCAACUGGGAAGGCUCAAUAUACAGACCCUGGCACCAAUAACCAAGACAGAAAUAAGGAGCUAUUUUCCAGAAAGCUGGUUAUGGGAAGUUCAUCAUGUCUCCAGACAGUGUCACAAACUUGCAGCAACUCCCCACAGAACUCCAGUGGUUUACCACGUUGACCCCAUCUCCUGCCUUCCAACAUCUACUGCAAGUAAGCGGUUGCAGUUUGUGCUACCUGAUUCUCUAACUACCUGGGAAAUUCAAGGUGUUGGCAUUUCAGAUAGUGGUAUAUGUGUUUCUAAUACUGUCAAGGCAAAGGUGUUCAAAGAUGUCUUCCUGGAAAUGAAUAUACCGUAUUCUGUUGUACGAGGGGAACAGAUCCAAUUGACAGGAACUGUUUACAACUAUAGGAUGUCUGGGAUGAGGUUCUGUGUUACAAUGUCUCCUGUGGAGGGAAUCUGUUCUUCAGGAAGUUCAGCUGUCGACCCUCAGGGGAAAAAGACCUCCAGAUGUCUGCACCAGACAGUAGAGGGCUCGUCCAGUCACCCGGUGACCUUUACCGUGCUUCCUCUGGAAGUUGGCCUCCAUAGCAUCAACUUUUCACUGGUCUCUGCGCUAGGAAAAGAAGUCUUAGUAAAAACAUUACGAGUGGUGCCAGAAGGUGUGAAAAAGGAAAGUUAUGCUGGUAUUACUCUGGACCCCAAGGGUAUUUAUGGUGUCACAAGCAGACAAAAGGAGUUCCCAUACAGGGUACCAUUAGAUUUGGUCCCCAAAACAAAAAUCAAAAGGACUGUGAGUAUAAAAGGAAUGCUUAUGGGUGAGAUCAUGUCUGCAGUCCUGAGUCGGGAAGGCAUUGAUAUCCUCACCCACCUCCCCAAGGGGAACGCGGAGGCGGAGUUGAUGAGCAUUGUCCCGGUAUUCUACAUUUACCACUACCUGGAGGCGGGAGAUCACUGGAACAUUUUUUCCCCUAAUUCAUUAACUAAAAAAGAGUACCUGAAGAAAAAAUUAAAAGAAGGGAUGAUAAGCAUCAUGUCCUACCAAAAUCCUGACUAUUCUUAUAACAUGUGGAAAAAUGGAGAAGCUAGUUCUUGGUUAACAGCUUUUGUUUUAAGAGUACUGGGACAAUUGCAUAAAUAUGUACCUCAGAACCAAAAUUCAAUUUGUAAUUCUUUAACAUGGCUGGUUGAGAAUUGUCAACUACAAAGUGGAUCUUUCAAGGAACAUUCCAGUUAUCGAGCGCUAAAAUUACGGGGUACCUCAUCUACUGAAGCCCGAGAGUACACCUUAUAUCUUACAGCCUUUGCUGUGAUUGGAAUUAGAAAGGCUUAUGAUGUAUGCCCGCUAAUGAAAAUCAGCACAGCUCUAAGUAAAGCUGACACCUUCCUGCUUGAAAAUGCCCUCUCGGCCCAGAGCACCUUUACACUGGCCAUUGCUGCUUACGCUCUUUCCCUGGGAGACAGAACUCACUCACAGUUUCGUUCCGUCGUCUCAGCCCUGAAGAAGAAAGCUUUGGUUAAAGGUAGUUCACCCACUUACCGUUUUUGGAAAGAGGAUCUUCAAGAGCAAGAUAGCCCUGUACCUAACACUAUUACAGCACACAUGGUGGAAACCACUUCCUAUGCUUUACUCACCUUUCUGAACUUGAAAGAUAUGAGCUAUGUUAACCCAAUCAUCAGAUGGCUAUCUGAAGAGCAGAGGUAUGGAGGUGGCUUUUAUUCGACCCAGGAUACAGUGAAUGCCAUCGAGGGCCUGACAGAAUAUUCACUCCUGAUUAAACAACUCCGCUUGAAUAUGAAUAUCAGUGUUUCUUACAAGAAUAAAGGUGACUUCUACCAUUACAAGAUAACAGAGAAGAAUUUCCUUGGGAGGCCAGUAGAGGUGCCUAUCGAUGAUGACCUCAUUGUCCGCACUGGAUAUAGCAGUGGCUUGGCUACAGUGCAGGUGACAACUGUGGCUCACAAAACUGGUACCUCCGAGGAAUUUUGCAGCUUUCAUUUGAAAAUCGAAAGCCAGGACAUCAGCGCAUCCAGUGGCACCUCGGACUACAAGCGCCUAGUAGCAUGUGCGAGCUACAAGCCCAGCAGAGAAGAAUCAUCAUCCGCAUCCUCCCAUGCAGUGAUGGACAUCGCUUUGCCCACUGGAAUCAAUGCAAACACAGACGACUUAAGAGCUCUUGUAGAAAGGGUGGAUCAACUGUUAACUGAUUACCAAAUCAAAGAUGGACAUGUUAUUCUGCAACUGGAUUCGAUUCCUUCAAAUGAGUUCCUCUGUGUUCGAUUUCGGAUAGUUGAAUUUUUUCAAGUUGGGUUUCUGAAUCCUGCUACUUUCACAGUGUAUGAAUACCACAGACCAGAAAAAAAGUGCACCAUGUUUUAUAGCACGUCCGACAGCCAGCUCCAGAAAGUCUGUGAAGGAGCGAUGUGCAAGUGCAUGGAAGCUGAUUGUGGACAAAUGCAGCCAGAAUUGGAUCUGACGAUCUCUACAGACAUGAGACAAAACGCAGCAUGUAAACCAGAGAUUGUGUAUGCUUAUAAAGUUAGUAUCACAUCCUUCACUGAAGAAAAUGUUUUUAUCAAGUACACUGCAACCCUCCUGGAUGCCUUCAAAGCGGGCGAAGCUGCUGCUGAGAAAGGCUCUGAAAUCACCUUCAUUAGAAAGGCAAGCUGUGUUAAUGCUGACCUGCAAAAAGGAAGACAGUAUUUGAUUAUGGGUAAAGAAGCUCUCCAGAUAAAGCACAACUUCAGUUUCAAGUACAUCUACCCUUUAGAUUCCUCCACCUGGAUUGAAUAUUGGCCUACAGAUACAACGUGUCCAUCAUGCCAAGCAUUUUUAGCUAAUUUAGAUGAGUUUGCUGAAGACAUCUUUUUAAACGACUGUGAAAACGCCUGAAAAAUUCAUCUGCGUACAGUUUUCACUGUGGACUCCUGUUGCUGAAGUUUCUUUCUUCCCCUUUUUUUCCCUAAACAUUCACAGCUGGUCUUAUUUGGAAAGAUUGCUUUACUUAGAAUUAGUGGCACUUGCUUUUAUUAAAGAACAGUUUCAAGAGCUGUAACUUUGUGAAAUAACAUGGCCUUGGGGGCAUGGAGACAGAUACUCAUUCCAGAGUUAUUGGACACGAGAAGCAAUAAAUGGGACCAUCUAAAGCCCACCUCGCUGGAAUGUCUGCUGGGGAGAAAAGAAUAGCCCACUGAAGUGCAGUGUCUUACAAAACGCAGCCUCUGCUUAAAAGGAAACACCGAGGGGCAGGAAACUGAUCAUUAAAGCCUGACUUUGCUUUCAAA